UACAGUCCAGCAGCCCGAGAUACAAAUUCAAUUUCAUAGCAGAUGUGGUGGAAAAGAUUGCACCUGCAGUUGUGCACAUUGAACUUUUCCUCAGGCACCCUCUCUUUGGUCGAAAUGUCCCACUUUCCAGUGGAUCUGGAUUUAUUAUGUCUGAUUCUGGUUUAAUUGUGACCAAUGCCCAUGUGGUGUCAAGCACCAAUGCUAUUUCAGGGAGGCAACAGUUGAAAGUGCAGCUACAGAAUGGAGAUACCUAUGAAGCAACCAUCAAAGACAUUGACAAGAAAUCUGACAUUGCAACAAUAAAGAUUCAUCCCAAGAAAAAACUGCCAGUGUUGUUACUGGGACACUCAGCUGAUCUGAGGCCCGGAGAAUUUGUGGUGGCGAUUGGAAGUCCGUUUGCCCUCCAGAACACUGUGACAACAGGUAUUGUCAGCACUGCUCAGCGGGACGGCAAAGAACUCGGCCUGCGGGACUCGGACAUGGAUUACAUUCAGACAGAUGCUAUUAUCAAUUACGGCAACUCUGGAGGACCUCUAGUUAAUCUGGAUGGUGAGGUGAUUGGCAUUAACACCUUGAAGGUGACAGCUGGAAUUUCUUUUGCUAUUCCUUCUGACCGCAUCACUCAGUUUCUCACAGAGUCGCACGACAAGCAUAGUAAAGAUGGGAAGAAACGUUUCAUUGGCAUCAGGAUGCUGACAAUAACACCUGCCUUGGUGGAAGAACUGAAACACAGUAAUGCUGAUUUUCCUGAUGUCAGAAGUGGAAUUUAUGUGCAUGAAGUUGUUCCAAACUCACCUUCCCAUAGAGGAGGGAUCCAAGAUGGAGAUAUCAUUGUUAAAGUCAAUGGACGUCCUUUGAUGACUUCCAGUGACCUGCAGGAGGCUGUGAUGAAUGAAUCGCCUCUACUACUUGAAGUUCGAAGAGGAAAUGAUGACUUACUAUUUAACAUUGAGCCUGAAAUUGUCAUGUAAAUAGAAUUGAGGAAGCUCUCACCAUAAUUAAACUCACUUAUUCUGGAACACUAGAUACCUCCUUUACAGCUACAGUAAUUAUACUUCCUGUUGACUAAUGACAAGGUGGACUAACUUAAUUGCCUGAGCCAUUUCUGUACAUAGCAGCUAGAAUUAAUUCAGUUAUGCCAUUUAUAGAACAUGUAACUUCCAAAGAAAUUUAAGAACUGUGUUCUGGGGAGGGGGAGGAGCAAAACAAAUUUUGGAUAGCUGAUAAAAAUGAGGUCCACUUCCAGUUCCUGCAGGUUCAGAGCAAAUUCAGUUCUGCAGUUUGAAAGACCAAAAUACUGCUGGAAGUGAGGAAGCGUGCCAAAAGGGGAAAUUAUUCUUAAACUCCAGUCAUGGCUGCAGCAGAACCAAGCUAUUGCAAUGUACAGUUGAGCUUUUCUUUAUGUAACUUCUUCCAUGUGGAAAUAGUCUUGGCAAAGCUUGUAUUUGUUCUUAGUGCUUCUAUGCUACAUGUCAAUGCAGGUAGAUUAAAUCUGUAAAUAUUGAAAGGAGCAAAAAUGGUGUCAGGCUACAGAGUGUUACACCUAGGUCAUGCAAUUUUGGAAUAUAGUAAAUGAUUCUUAUAGAAUUAAUGUCUUAUUAUAUAUAAAUCACAACGAUGUGCUGAACAAAGUUAAGUUUGAGAAAGUGCACAAUUUCUAAAGAAUUUGAUACAAAUUAGUUUUGCAUAUUACUGGUAAGCUUUACUGUAAAAUUGUUAUACUACUUUUGGCUUGUAUUGUGUAUGUUUCUACUGUAAGGAGAUUAAAGUUUACACAAAUAAUGAGUUGGUG